AUGCUGCCGGCAAUGCGUGAGAAACGUGGCUUGGCAAAAGCUGCGCUUUCGGAUUGGAGCAGGGACUCCACCAUUGAACCUAAUUUGCAAGACUUUGAUGGAGACCGCAACGAGACUCAAGCUACUGACUUUCACCUGUCUCAGAAUCGCAAUUUGUGCGUCUGGGUUCGGUAUCACCUAUGUGGCAAUGGUGGCCAUGCGAAUCUUGACACAUGCGGAUCAAAGGGGGUUGAGCAAGUGCCAGUCCUUAUGAUCCCUUGUUAG